AUGGAGCUGGAGACGCAGUGGUGGCGAGGACAGCUGGCCGCCGACAUCCAUCAGAGUUUAUAUUACUCAGAACUGAAGUUACCAUCCUAUAAAGGCCAGUCGCCUCAACUAAGUCUCAGACGCUAUUUUGCUGACCUGAUUGCCAUUGUGAGCAAUCGCUUCUCUCUCUGCCCUUCUGCCCGACAUCUUGCCGUAUAUUUACUAGACCUGUUUAUGGAUCGCUAUGACAUCUCUAUCCAACAGCUGCAUUUAGUUGCGCUCUCCUGCCUGCUUUUAGCAAGUAAAUUUGAAGAAAAAGAAGAUAGUGUGCCUAAGUUGGAGCAGCUCAAUAGCUUGAGUUGUAUGACCAAUAUGAAUCUAGUAUUAACAAAACAAAAUUUGCUACAUAUGGAACUCUUAUUACUGGAAACCUUUCAGUGGAACCUCUGCCUUCCAACAGCCGCCCAUUUCAUUGAAUAUUAUCUCUCUGAAGCAGUACAUGAAACAGAUCUCCAUGAUGGCUGGCCAAUGAUUUGUUUGGAAAAAACUAAACUCUACAUGGCCAAAUAUGCGGAUUACUUCCUCGAAGUAUCUUUGCAAGAUUAUGCCUUUCUAAAUUAUGCACCUUCUUUAGUAGCUGCUGCAUGUGUGGCUUCUUCAAGGAUUAUACUUCGUCUUUCUCCAACAUGGCCUACAAGACUACAUCGUCUGACUGCUUACUCCUGGGAUUUCCUAGUGCAGUGCAUUGAACGACUGUUGAUUGCUCAUGAUAACGAUGUGAAAGAAGCAGACAAACAGAGAGGGCAGGCAGGACCUCAGUCGGCACAACUCAGUGUGUUCCAGGCAACCUCCCAGCCCUCACGGCCAGUUCAUUUUCAACAACCCCAGUAUCUCCAUCAGACGCAUCAGACUUCACUGCAGUAUCGCCAUCCUGGAUCAGACCAACCAAGCUGUCAGCAGAUCGUAUCUACCACACACACCUCAUCUUACACUUUACAGACAUGUCCUGCUGGCUUCCAGACCAGUGUUCAGGGCCUUGGACACGUGCAGACUAGUGCUGGGAUGUCACUAGCAAUACCAGUAGAAGUUAAGCCCUGCCUGAGUGUCACUUAUAACCGGAGUUAUCAGAUAAAUGAACAUUAUCCUUGCAUUACUCCAUGCUUUGAAAGGUGA